CGGUGUAAGUUAGUUAGCAGUCGACCGUUCAGCGGUAGCAGCGGGUCUGUGGGCUCGGUUCUGUCGCUGUGGACGGGCCGGAGAUGGCGGAGUACAGUCAGACGGGUAUAUUAACGGCCCUCCUGCUGUUUACUGUGGUAACAGUGAAGGAUAUUUAUGUGGGCCGCAACAGCAUGACUCAGCAAGACAGCGCCGUACCCGACAUGCACACACAGAGACCGAACAAACACACAUUAUACACGGGUCCGGUUCUCAAGUUCCAGUUCUGUAUAUCCUGAGGGUACAGUAAGGUGUACCAGGAGUACUCCCGGUCCAUCAGCCAGCUGUACCCGGACAUCCGAAUCGAGGGAGAGAAUUACCCUCCCAAACCCAUCAACAAAUACUUAGGUAACUUCAUCUCUUAUUUCAAACUGCUUGCCAUCGCUUUGAUUGUGACUGGACAAAAUCCUUUUCAAAUGUUUGGAAUGGACACUCCAAGAAUAUGGUCCUGGGGACAGGAGAAUAAGAUUUUCUCCUGCCUUAUGGCAUUCUUCCUUAGUAACAUGCUGGAGACCCAUUUCCUCUCGACAGGGGCUUUUGAGGUUACAUUGAAUGAUGUACCAAUUUGGUCCAAGUUGCAAUCUGGAUACGUGCCCAACAUUCAGGAGCUUUUCCAGAUCUUGGAUAACCACCUUAAGAUGAAUCAGGUUGACAAGAUGAACUUUCCCUCACCGUAGAGCUGUUGUUUUUGCCAAGAGACAUGUAAGAGGACAUGUCAAUCAACAUGCCUUAUUCUACCCAAGAGCACCAUCAAGUGUCCUCUCGUCUGCAGGUCUUCGGAGCCGUUUCUCUGUUCAGAGGGACUGUGGACUGUGGCAUAAUGAAGGCCUGCGCUGAAAACAGCACGCUGUGAGCGCAGACUCGAUGCUCGGCCACCACACACACUCCUCCUGCCCAGCGACACACAUCUCCGGAUUGACUACAUCGCUUCAGAGCAUCAAACUUCAUACAUUUGUAGUAGGAGAGUAACAUGAGCGCUAAAGGCACUACAUUUAUUACCGAAUGCUGAAGUUAGGUUUUUUUUUUUUUUUUUUGUCAUUCUGUUUGUAACAAGUGCUUUUAACUGAGAUUGAAUGGAAUGUUCCGUCUUUCUCGAGGGCAACUGUGAUGUUUUCUUAAUGUAGAUGUCUUUAAAUGGCCUUUAACAUGAUCAUUUGUUUGCACUGGUGUAGACUGUACUGUACUCGGGGGAAUCUGACUUUUUUAAUUAGUGGGAAUGUCUGUGUACUGUGGAAACAUGCAGGAUUUUUUUUAGAGAGCUAAUGUUUUUUGUUUUUUUUAUGCUUGAAGUGGUACAUUUUUUGUUUGUCACAGGUUCACUGGUUAGAUUCAUAAGUACUGCAUGUGAUGAAGGCCAGAUCUUCUGACUUUAACUGUAUACACUGCCAGGGUGAGCUGUGAAAUCGUCUGCAGUCGUCUUAAUGAUGGUGUGAUUGAGUGUUGCAUAUCAGAAGAUGUGAAUGGGAACUCCAAAGACAUCCACUAUUUUUCCAGCUCUCUCCAUAUAGAUGUGGCGGCAAGCAAUGUACCCCUGAUAGUUUAGUGCAUCUGUGAAUUUGUAACAAAAGUGAUAUUGAUAGUUGGGAUUAUGUUGCAUUGAGAAAAGAAAUUAUACUCCUUCACAUUGAUCUAAAAUAAAGAUUCAAAUAUAUA